AUGAAGUCGAAUAACCAAUUCACACCCCAAAGCAACGACUGCUACCGAAACAAUACACCAGAUAAUGGCAAAGGUGUAAGUAAUGAAAAUACCCCCAGCUACCCUCACCCCAGGAGUAUGGAAAAUAGGAAUCACAGCCCAUCUAAUGGCCCACCGAUGAGUCAGAGCAAAGGAGGAGGAGCUACAAAUAAUGUUUUGAAGAUUUUGUCAAAAUCCUCCCCCCAUAAUUAUGCAUUAAAUAAGCACACGCUUUAUAACCAACACAAUAUGCUCCACAGUAACAAUGGUAUGAGCAAGAGUGGGUAUGGAAGUGCGAGCAGCCAGUCAAUAAUAAAUAAUAUCAAGAUGGUAAAUGCUAUUCGAAAGGCAGAUGACAGUUCAGUCCACAACGUGAAUGACACCCCGAACAAAUCUCUCCUUGCUAUGAAUUACAGCAAUUUCCCUAUUAACAUCAAAGGACGAGCAGAUGAAAAGGUUGGGAACGUAACCCAAAUACCUCAUCGCAAUGUUAUACAAAAUAAUAAUGAAGCGGUUGUAAAAAAUGGAGUCAUAUCACCCGAAUUGAGCAGUAGUGCUAAUGGAGGCACGGGGCACAGUAUCAACAGUGUUAAUAAUUUAAGUAGAAUAGCCCCUGUAAAUUUUACCAUUCGCGCGAAUGCACCUAGCCAGUUGAAUAGCAUAAAGGGGAGGAACAGUGGUGGGAUGAACACUACUGCUUCGAGCACUGGUAAGGCAUUUUCAAAUUUAAGCACUACGCAUGGCAAUAUGAACGUGUCCCCAUUGGGCGCGGCCCAGGGUUAUCCUCGAAUGUACGGUAACAACAGUGGUAGGAACAAUAUGCACUCUGUUACCGGCAUGGGCGAGAUGGCUCCAAUGGCCAACCUGAAUGGAUCCAAUUACAACAUGGGCAAUUUAAAAAGUUCGAUGGGGAAUAUAAGCAGAGUUAGCGCAAAUGGCGGCAAUUUUUUGAGCUCAAAUUUGAGUGGUUACCCAGGCUCGGUGAGCACCCUUGGUGUUAGCGGCGGCCACAAUAAGGAUAGCAUGGGAAUUGUGGAAGCGCGUGGGAACAGCCCCAGCAGCGCAAAAAACAUUGAGUCCACCAAAAAGAGGAUCUACAGAAAGAGCAAUAGCAAAGUUAACCAAAAAGAGCUAAAUGAAACAAAAGGUAAUGACAAGAGCAGUAUAGUUAGCAACAUACCACUCAUGAAUAAUCACCUUAUAAGUGACAUGCGUUCCAGUCAAGUCUCGAAGGAUGAUCAUGCUUACCCUGUAGAAAAUGUAAAAAAUAAUCCAAGCCAGGACCCGUACAGUAUACACAGUUCGAGUAACAAUUUGUACGGUAAAUCAAAUGCAGGAGGAACAGCUCUGGGUAUACACAACGUGAACGUUGCCAUAAAUGGUAGGAUGGAGAUUGGCCCCUCCGAUUACGCCUCCUGCAACAAGGCACAGAUGAGCCCUAAUAUAGGCGCCAGUGAGAAGAAUGUGAAUCUCCUAAGCGGUAACAGUUUCCCACAAAACGUGGGAAGUAUCCCAGGAGUACAAGACAAGAUUGAUCCGAUCCUCCAGUAUGACGCCAAUAACGUCCAAGUAGGUGCGACAGAAAAUGAAAGAACUAACAACUUCGUAGUUGAUCCGAAUGAAAAUACGAAUUACUUGAUAAAUAAUAACGCUGUUUCAUCGGAGAAGAUGAAAAAGAGAAAAAGAAAGGAGAAAGGGAUGGAACAGGAUACCCCCCCCAAGGGUACCAAAAGGAAAAGCAAAAAUGCGCAAAAUACCUCUGAACAGAUUAUGAUAACUGGCAGUGAUAAGAAUGAUUUAGAGGACGUGGUGAGUAACCACCUGAAUAGUACCAUACCAAAUUGGGGGAACGGUGCAGAAAUGAUUAAUGAUCCAUUGAAUAACAAAAUGUCGAAAAGAAAACCAAAAGUGAAUAAUGCAGAGAAGGCAAAAGGUGAUGAACAAAAAAGAAAAAGAAAAAAAAAAAUGGAAUCAACAAAUGUGGGAAGUAGUUACAAAUCGGGGGAACAAAACAACGAGGUGGGUCAAACAGGUGAAUACCUCACCGAGGAUCGAAACGGAUUCUACAUCAGUUCGAGUGUGGCACAGGAAAAUAUGAAUAAUGGUGUGAUGAACACCUAUGGAAAUGCGAACUAUUUAAACAACCCCAUUAAUGCAUCACCCAGCAGUAGCUAUUACAACAGCUUUAAUGAAGACAAACUGGGGGAAGUAUCUAAUGCACGUAGCAACUGGGGUGAAAGGGAAAAUGUAAGAAUGAUGAAUGGUAAUGAGGUAAAUGGUGUAGUUAACCCUUACAUUGUAAAUGGGGUUAGACACAACCCUAACGUAUCAAAUGGUAGCACCAGUAUGAACGAGUUCAUGAAUGAACAGUUUAGAGAAAAUAAUAAUUCCCAGACUCUACGAGAUGCACACUUGGGUAAUGGUACCCAGGGAUCUACACACAAGUACAUAGGAGUCGAAGCGAACAAACAGAUGAAUGAAAAUUUAACCCACAUGGUAAUUCAAAAGGGAAAUAACGAAAUGUAUAAGAAGGAGCACCUUCUACAGAGAGAGCAAUUAUUACGAAAGGAUCAAAUGAGUGUUGAUCCCAAAUAUGUUUGGCUCUUUUUAAAUAAGGAAUUCAAUGAAAAUAAAAAUAAGUAUGCUAGAUUUUUGCCCCUCUUUAAUAGUUACUACCCGAGUAAGUUGAACGAGUUGAUUCGCCAAUUAGAGGAAUAUUCGUUGCUAAGCUAUGCACACGUUAUGAACGGUGCGCUGACCUUGCAGAGGAUGUACUUCGGAGGUCGUACCCCCGGCGUGGUGGCAACAGGGGAACUUGGAACGAACAACAUGAGCGGCACAAAUACUGCUAAUGUGACAGCGUGCACAAGCAAUGGUUAUAGCGAGGGCCACAUCGACAAUAGGCUACUCAACAAUAUAAAUAGCAAUUUUAAUGAACUCAUAAAAAACUUUAGCAUUGAAAGUGGACCCGCUCCGAAGGAUACUAUGGGUGAGGGGGAGAAGACUGGGAAGGGGAGGAGACGGAGAAAGAGUGAUAACACUACUGUGAAGGCCAAGAAGGAGGGUGGUACGAAGGGGAAACGCGGGAAGAAGGGUAUGAUCACGGAGAAUGCCAACGGUGGGAAAAAUGAUAGCAACGUGAACUAUGAAAGUGGCCUCAACCCUGACCACAACAAUAAGGUGGCCAAUGCGUCGACCAAUGUAACGAUGAAUAAGUCAGGUGAACCCGGAACAAGUAACAACAUCAUCUCCCCUAAUAUUGGCACCCACCAAAUGUUGAUAAAUGAACAAGGACAAAUAGUACCUGCAGGCAGUUCGCCAGCGGGGCAAGGAACAAAUAGCUACUUUCUCAAUGCGGAUACCUCCAUGGUGAGUGAAAACGGCAGUGAUAUGAUGAACCUUAUUUUGAAGAGUAACAUGGGAAACGCAGAAACGAGUCUUAUAAAUGGUAAAAAUGAGUACAGGUCCCUAUAUAAAGGAAACGAAAAUUCAAAUGAAAAAGGAAUAACCAAUUUAUGUGACACCAUGAGUUACCAACAGGGUAAUUUUGCAAAGGAUGAAAAUGAUCUGAACAGUUCAGGUAAAAAUGGAAAAGUGAAAAAGUAUAGAAAGAAAAAAGAUAACAACAAUUUGGCGUUGGAAAAUAAAGGAGACAUAGCAUCAUCUGCACUAAGCAGCACCUACAUGGAAAAAGAAAGGAAAAAGAGAAAAAAAAAGAAUGACCCCCUGAGUAUGAAUGGGCAUACUAUAAGUGCGCCAAGUGCAGUUAGCAUUUUUUCCCAGAGCGGGCCGAUGAAUAUGCUAAGCGACCUUUCUGUUGAAGUGAAAGGAAACGAAAAUUCAAUUGAACAGAAGUAUACAAAUGGUAUGGAAGCUGUAUGUGCAGGUGAUAAUGAAGACCUGUCGGCGAAGUAUCUGCUAAAUUGUGUUGUUGAUGAUUACAAUAAGGAGAUGAGCAAAAGGAAGAAAAAGGGAAACAGUAAGGAUCCCAGUGAGUCAAAGAGAAAGGCUACAACGAAGGACUUGGUGAAGAAAGAGAAGGCAGAUGGUAGGGGUAAACAUAGGAAAAAAAAAAUGCAGAAUUUGCAAAAAGAAGAAGAAGAAGGGCAGAUUGGAGGGUAUUUAAAUGGGGAAAUGUACGCCCUACAAUAUGAAGGUUUUGCCCAUGCGCAAAAACCGUAUAAAAUCGAGAAUUUCAAUCUUCCCACACGAAGAAGAAAACAAUUAAUGAAACGUUUCAUUCAACAAGAAAAUAAACUCUACCCAUACAUGAAGGACUCCCACCUUGUGAACAAAAACUUAAGUAAAAAUAUAAGAUUGAAUGCCAUCAAUGCUAUUAAAAGGAAAUAUAAGCGAUUCAGCUUCUGCGUAAAUAAGGUCUUCAGAAAAAAAAACAUAAACGAUAUUAUCGCUUUAAACGAAAAUUUAAAUAAUAACAGAGAUCUUUUGUUCUUGUUCAAAAGGAAGGAUGUACGUAAUUUAAAAAAGUUGAACUUCUCGUUCUUUAUGAGUAAAUUGGAGCUAGAGAAAAUAGACAUGAUUAUAAUGAAGAGGAUACAAAUAUGCGCAGAGAAUAUGAAGAACAGUUUAGGAUUUACAUGCGUUAUAAAUAACGUGGAGAAAAUUGUAGAGAUAUUGAAGAAAGCAUUUAGGGAUCGGCUACAAUUGAUGUGGCCGCUGAUCCAAUUUUCCAGCAAGUAUAGGCUAGACCAGUAUUUCCAUCUGUUAACAAAAAACAGGAACAAUUUGCAGUCUAGGUUUAAGGAUACUCGGCUGUUCGUGCAUCAGAACAUUGCACCCUUGAUAGCCUACUUCAAUCAACGGACCAUUGACGACAAAAUUGUGCAACACUUGAGGAGCCAAAUAAAGCCGAAAAAGAGGAGGAGGAAAAACAAGAACAAGGAACCUUUCUCGGAGGACAAAUCUUUAGACUUACUCAAAACGAUGAACACCAUCACAUCCAACAAUUUCACGACAGAUGGAUUGCUCAAUUUUGAGGCGGCGCGGACCAAGGCCAGCGAGUUUGCAUUUGUCGGCUAUAACCAGAAAAGGCUCCUGACACAGAUUACCCCGUACGACUACAAGAACAUUCUGAAUUCGGAAUUUUGUAACAAACUGUUUACCAUAAAAUGGAGGGAACAACAAGCAUUGUUUAUCAACCAUUUGCACUUUGAUAUGGUCCCUGAUAAUGAAGAGACAAGGAGUCACUUCGAAAAAGUGUAUAUGAGAUAUAUGGGUUACAAUGAAAGGAAGUUAGCCGACAAUUUGGAAGAUAAAACAAAGCCAGGAAAACACAAAUCUAAGAAUGACAUUGUAGAGGGAGCUAAAACUGAGGGCAAAGCGAAGGCCUCAAGGAAAAGAAAGGCAAAUAAAAAUAAUGAAGCUGCUGAUAAGGAACCCAAAAUUGUUAAACCGAGGAGGAAAUAUGAACGGGUAAAACCUAGGAAGAGUAAAAACCAGAGUGGGAAUGCAGAAGCCGAUCAGGGGGGUGCGGGUGUUGAAGCGAGGCCAACUGUUCAAGCGGAGCCAAAUGCUGAAACAGCACAAAAUGUAGGAGAUGCUAAUAAUGCCUCGAUUGGCAUAAAUCCCCCGAAUGAUUCCGCCGUCAAGGAAGGCACAUCCAUUAAAAAGAUACGCAAACCGAGAGAACCAAAAAUGAAAAGUAAAAGCAAAAAUGCACAAAACAAUGACUUGACGCUUUUGAAGGGCAAUCCCAAUGCGGUCAUUCAGGCAACCAUAGAUUUCAUGAAUCCGAACAUGUUUACCUAA